CGCACAAUUGGCUUAGCGUCGUCCGGGUUAGGGAGGGUUUGGCCGGUAGGGAUAUCCUUGUCUCAUCGCGCUCCAGCGACUCCUGUGGCGGGCCGGGCGCAGUGCGUGCUAACCAAGGGGGCCAGGUGCACGGUGUUUCCUCCGACACAUUGGUGCGGCUGGCUUCCGGGUUGGAGGCGCGCUGUGUUAAGAAGCAGUGCGGCUUGGUUGGGUUGUGCUUCAGAGGACGCAUGGCUUUCGACCUUCGUCUCUCCCGAGCCCGUACGGGAGUUGUAGCGAUGAGACAAGAUAGUAAUUACUAGCGAUUGGAUACCACGAAAAUUGGGGAGAAAAGGGGAUAAAAAAAAAAGAUUAAAAAAAAGAAAGAUGUAUAAAUGAAGUGGUAAUGAAUGAAAUAUGUAAUAAAUGAAAGAAGUUAUGAAUGAAUGAAAGAGCUGAUGUCCUCCUCUGUCCCGUGUUAUUGUGUAGGUCUGACGGAUGACAAAGUGAAGGCGUAUCUCUCCCUUCACCCUCAGAUGCUGGAUGAGUUUGUAUCGGAGAGCGUGAGUUCAGAGACGCUGGACAGAUGGCACAAGAAGAAGAGCAGCGGUAGCCUGCCUGCAGAUGACACGUCAUCAGGCAGCAGGCGGUACCAGGACAGUAACAUGCAGAACGUGGUACAUGACCUCACCAGUUAUCUGGAACAGCGGCUGGACCCCGGAGGAGACAACAAGCUCCUAUUCUAUGACUUGUGCACCAUCAUCAAAACAGCCACGAAAGCAGACGGAUUUGCACUUUACCACUUGGGAGAAUGCAACAAUAGCUUGUGUUUGUUUAAACCGGCGGGGGCUAAGGACGGCCCUCCCACCCUCAUACCAGCUGGUCCCAUCACGUUUGGGACCACCAUCGCCGCUCAUGUCGCCACAACACGCAAAAUACUGCUAGUAGAAGACAUCACAGGGGACGAGCGUUUCCCUGAAGGCACAGGGCAGGACUCAGACUCAGGGAUUCAUGUUUACUCUGUCCUGUGCCUCCCCAUCCUCACGGCCAUCGGUGACCUCAUAGCUAUCCUGGAGUUGCAUCGGCACAGGGGCCACGAGCCCUUCAAUAUCAGCAACCAGGAGGUUGCAACGGCGAAUUUAGCAUGGGCAUCUGUAGCUAUUCACCAAGUACAGGUGUGCAGAGGCCUAGCCAAACAGACCGAACUCAAUGACUUCCUGCUAGAUGUGUCAAAAACGUACUUUGACAACAUUGUGGCAAUAGAUUCUCUACUUGAACAUAUAAUGAUAUAUGCAAAAAACCUGGUGAAUGCGGAUAGAUGUGCACUGUUCCAGGUGGACCACAAUAACAAAGAACUGUACUCAGACCUGUUUGACAUCGGGGAGGAGAACGAGGGCAAACCUGUCUUCAGGAAAACCAAAGAGAUUAGGUUUUCUAUAGAGAAAGGUAUAGCGGGCCAAGUGGCACGGACGGGGGAGGUCCUUAACAUCCCAGACGCCUAUGCAGACCCACGCUUUAAUAGAGAGGUAGACCUCUAUACGGGCUACACCACGCGGAACAUCCUAUGCAUGCCCAUCGUUUCCAGGGGGACCGUAAUAGGGGUCGUACAGAUGGUUAACAAGCUGAGUGGAAGUGCCUUCACCAAAACAGACGAAAACAACUUCAAGAUGUUCGCCGUCUUCUGUGCUCUCGCCUUGCACUGUGCCAACAUGUACCACCGGAUCAGGCACUCUGAGUGUAUCUACAGGGUAACCAUGGAGAAGUUGUCCUACCACAGUAUCUGUACUUCAGAGGAGUGGAAGACCCUCACGAAGCUGGACCUGCCUACGCCCCUAUACAAAGAGAUAGAACUGUUUCAUUUUGACAUUAGUCAGUUUGAGGAGCUGUGGCCGGCUGUCUUUGUUUACAUGGUCCACAACUCAUGUGGAGAGACCAGUUUUGAGCUGGAGAAGUUGUGCAGGUUCACUAUGUCUGUGAGGAAGAAUUAUCGGCGUGUUCCCUACCACAACUGGAAACACGCCGUCAACGUGGCUCACUGUAUGUACGCCAUACUGCAGAAGACCACCGGCAUCUUCACUGAGAUAGAGAAGAAGGGUCUGCUGAUAGCCUGUCUAUGUCAUGAUCUGGACCAUCGAGGAUACAGUAACACUUACCUGCAGAAGUUUGACCAUCCUCUAGCUGCCCUGUACAGCACGUCUACAAUGGAGCAGCACCACUUCUCCCAGACUGUAUCCAUCCUGCAGCUGGAAGGGCACAAUGUUUUCUCCAACCUGACUUCCAGUGAGUACGAGCAGGUGUUAGAGAUCAUCCGCAAGGCCAUCAUCGCUACAGACCUGGCGCUCUACUUCGGGAACCGCAAACAGCUAGCUGAGCUACUGACCACGGAAGCACUGGACCUCAACAACCACCAACACAGGGACCGUGUGAUUGGUCUGAUGAUGACAGCAUGUGACCUGUGUUCCGUUACCAAGCUGUGGCCAAUCACCCGACUCACGGCUAAUGACAUCUACGCUGAGUUCUGGGCCGAGGGGGAUGAGAUGAAGAAGAUAGGUAUACAGCCCAUCCCUAUGAUGGACAGAGAUAAGAAGGAAGAGGUUCCUCAGGGGCAGGUGGGAUUCUACAAUGCUGUUGCACUCCCAUGUUAUACUACCUUAUCUGAGCUCUUCCCCCCGUCUGGCCCUCUUCUACAAGCCUGCAGGGAGAACCUUUGCCAGUGGGAGAAGAUAGUGAAUGGAGAGGAGGAGGACAGUGGAGUGAGAGGAGUGUGGGCUCCAUCAGAGCCUGUUGACCCCAGGGCAGAGCCUGUUGACCCCAGGGCAGAUCUUGUUGACCCCAGGGCAGAGCCCAGCACUGAGGAACUAUCGAACCCCGACUCAGGCCCUGUGAAGGUGGACAACUGACUGGCAG